AGAGUAUACAAAUCUUGAUUCCAACAACAUAGUAAGUAAUACUAUGUCACCGCACAAUCUCCAGAAUCCGAAAUUAAAAACCCAGCCACAACAACCACCCCUUCUCCUCCCUGCUCCUCUCUCUCUCUCUCUCUCUCUCCCGUCCUUCAUUCUCAACUUCGUUGCUCCGGCGAAGAGUGGGGGACGGAAUCCUUGUCGGCCAGGAGAUAAGAAGAAGAUACAAAGGAGGGGAAAGUGAUGAUGCACAACAGUGUAUAAAAGCACCGACACUUAUACUGGUCGGCGCAUAGUGUCGUCACCCUCUCUUUCUGUCAUGGAUGGAUUCUCCUUUUUCUUCCAUUACCCUUUUCUAUGUAACAGAAGAACUUGGCUUCGUUCCCACGGCAGCACCUUCAUCUGAUUAAUAGUAAAGGUUCAAGUAGAGAUUUAUAAAAAAAUUAGUCCUGAUUCCCAAUUCAAUUACUUUUCAGUUCUGACGGAACAACCAUAGCGUUCCUUUUUGCUUCAAUUUCAUAUUUGUCGACAGACCCAGACCGUGUUGAUUUGCGAUUGAAAAGCAGGAGAAGGGCGGUUUACGAUGCAAUGGAUAAUCAGAUUUCCAGGUUUUGUAUCCGCUACAAUGGUCAUGAUUGUUGUAGUUCCUUGUCUCCAAUCUUUUCAUCCUGCUGAAGCCAUAAGAUCUUCUCAUACUCAUAUUGACGGACCCAUUCGUCUUCCCGGUGGUCAUAAUCCAGGCAGCGUAUCAUCCUUUCGUAGAGCUUCUACUUUCCGUAAUGCCGCUGGAUGUGAACCAAAGAAAGGUUCAGGUUCAGGGAAUGUAUGCGAUCCGUCUCUGGUGCACGUUGCAAUUACUCUGGAUUUCGAGUAUUUAAGAGGUUCGAUUGCUGCGGUUCAUUCGAUAUUGCAACACUCGUCAUGCCCGGAGAGUAUUUUCUUCCACUUUUUGGUUUCGGAUACGGGUCUGAAAACCCUAGUUGGGUCAACUUUCCCCGAAUUGAAGUUUAAGGUGUACUAUUUUGAGCCGGAGAUUGUUCGGAAAUUAAUCUCAACAUCGGUGAGGCAGGCGUUGGAGCAGCCGUUAAAUUACGCGAGGAAUUACUUGGCGGAUAUAUUGGAGGCGUGUGUUGGGAGGGUGAUCUAUCUGGACUCGGAUCUGGUGGUGGUUGAUGACGUGUCGAAGCUUUGGAAUACAAGCUUAGGAGAGAAAACCAUCGGGGCACCUGAAUAUUGUCACGCCAACUUCACAAAAUAUUUCACCGCCGGUUUCUGGUCCAACAGCCAGUAUUCUAGCAUUUUCCAGGACAGGAAUCCGAAGCCUUGUUACUUUAACACGGGAGUCAUGGUAAUCGAUCUGGGUAAAUGGAGGCACUCCGGCUACACCAAAAGGAUCGAGAGGUGGAUGGAGAUCCAGAAGAACCAUCGGAUAUAUGAGCUUGGAUCGUUGCCGCCGUUCCUGUUGGUUUUUGCUGGAGACGUGGCUCCGAUAGAUCAUGGAUGGAACCAACACGGCUUGGGCGGGGAUAACGUCAAGGGUAGCUGCCGUGACCUGCACCCUGGUCCGGUCAGCUUACUUCAUUGGAGUGGGAGUGGGAAGCCAUGGCUAAGACUCGAUUCCAAACACCCCUGUCCCUUAGAUGCCCUAUGGGCUCCAUACGAUCUCUACGGAUACUAGCCGCCGUCAAUCUCAUUUUAUCAUUAUCAUUAUCAUUUAUCCCCUCCCCUCCCCUCCGCCGGUAAAUUUCUCCGACUCAGACCAAUGUUUUUUUAUUUGUUUCUUACAUCUUCUUCUUCUUCUUGUAUUACGUUCGGUUUGUUUUGUUUUCGGGGUUUAUAGUUUUUGUUGGAUUUGUAUUCUAUCCCAUUAUUUCUGCAUUAUGAUAAUAAAAGUCAACAGAUAUUCAAUUUC